AUGCUGACAACUCGCAAACUUUCCACUUUGCUUUACCGUCGGAUCAGCAUGACUGUGCGUGAUGGGAUCAACUCAGCAAUGGACGAAGAAAUCCAAAGAGAUCCUGACGUCUAUUUGAUAGGUGAAGAAGUCGCUAGAUAUAAUGGUGCUUAUAAAGUAUCUAAAGGACUAUGGGAUAAGCAUGGCGAUGCCAGAAUUUGGGAUACCCCUAUAACAGAAGCAGGGUUCACUGGACUGGCUGUAGGCUCCGCCUUGGGAGGACUCAAGCCUAUAUGUGAAUUCAUGACCUGGAAUUUUGCCUUACAAGCCAUUGACCAUAUAGUAAACUCUUCUGCUAAAAUGAGGUACAUGUCAGGUGGCAGACUUCAUGGGAGCAUCGUUUUUCGCGGCAUUAAUGGCCCAGCAGCCGCUGUUGCCGCUCAACAUUCCCAAUGUUUUGCAGCGUGGUAUGGUUCAGUUCCUGGACUUAUCGUGCUAAGCCCUUACGAUACUGAAGAUGCUAGAGGACUCUUAAAAGCAGCAGUCAGGGACCCAAAUCCAGUUGUAGUCUUAGAAAACGAGCUUAUGUAUGGACAAUCCUUUGAUGUCUCUGAAAAAGUGUUGGAUAAAGAUUUUACAAUCCCUAUAGGACAAGCCAAAAUUAUGAAGGAAGGAAAAGAUGUGACUGUUGUGGCACAUUCAAGAAUGGUAGGAGUGUCUUUAAAAGCUGCGGAAGAGUUGGAAAAACAAGGAAUUAGUGCUGAAGCUAUUGAUUAAUGAUUAAUUGUUCAGUGUUUAUUGUUUAUUGUGUCUAGUGCCACUUCCGAAAUGAAGGACUAGAGAGUUAACGGGCCAUUCUGCCACUUAAAAUGAUGGACUAUAUUGGCAGACAUUCCAAGUAAGUCACCCUAGCCUGGCUGCGAAUCUCACUUAAUGCCUGGCUUUGCGUGUUGUCCAGUUCAUGGCGUGUCCUCUAAAGGUAAUCGGGUACACUGACGAAUAAACUCUAGACUUCUGUGUACCUGGAAAAUAAGGCCAUGGGCUGUAAACCUCUCUUCGUUUAUCUGAUAUAGCUAGAUAAGGAUUCUCAGGGUAGAUUGAGCCUUAUAAUAAUAAAAUGAGCUAAGGAAUUUCGUUCGUAUAAUUCCCCUGAUUCGCCAUUUUUAUAUACUAAUUACAGUGCUGAAGUUAUCAAUUUAAGAACUAUCAGACCACUUGAUGUAGAAAGUAUUGUGAAAUCAGUAAAGAAAACUAAUAGACUCGUAACGGUUGAGGAUGGCUGGCCACAGUUUGGGGUUGGAGCAGAAAUCAGUGCGUUGAUGAUGGAAACUGAAGCUUUUGAUUAUCUGGACGCUCCUGUUGAAAGAAUUACGUCUGCAGAUGUCCCUGCACCUUACUCAUUGGAGCUAGAAAAAUUAUUUACACCUGUUCCGCAAAAUGUAGUUAACGCAUGCAUGAGAGUUUGCAAUAAGAAAUAA